AUAUUGAUCAAGAAAUAAUUUAUAAUGAAGAUUAUAAAAAGUAUUUUGAUGAAUUUGAUAGAGUAUUAUCAAAUCCAACUGAAGAUGAAAAAGAAUUUCUUGAAUAUAAAAAAAAAGAAAUUGAACAUGAUUUUAAAGAAAAUAAAGAAAAUAAUAAUCCUAUUUUAAAAGAAAAAAUAGAUGAAUUACCAGAUUAUCUUUUUAAAUGA